CCGUCUCUGUCAUCCGGGCUCAGAGCGAGUAUUCGCAGAGUUGCGCCGUACCUUUUGGGUUCUUCGUGGCAGAGAGGCCAUUCGGAAAGUGCAACAUCAAUGUGAGGAGUGCCGAAGAUGGAAGUCCAAGCCGAGUAUCCCGAAGAUGUCCGACCUACCUGCAGCCCGUCUACGACUACACAAGCCCCCGUUCUUCUCUACGGGUGUCGACUGCUUCGGACCUUUCCAUGUCAAGUUGGGACGGCGUUCGGAAAAGAGAUGGGGGAUUAUCUAUAAGUGCCUUACCACCCGUGCAGUGCACCUGGAUAUCCUACACAGUAUGGAUGUGGAUUCAUUCUUAAUGAGCCUCAGACGGUUUGUUGCACGCAGAGGAAAUCCAGCAGAGCUUUAUUCAGACCAGGGGACAAACUUUCGAGCUGGCGAAAGGGAGCUCUAUGAGUCCUUUAAUAGCAUGUCCUCAGAUCUCCAACGAAUUCUAGCUGCGCAGAAGAUUGACUUUCGCUUCAACCCCCCUGCAGCUCCUCACUUCGGGGGGACGUGGGAGAGAGAGAUCAAGUCUGUAAAGUCCGCUUUGAAUACCGUUAUAGGAGCUCAAUCCAUUUCUGAAGAGGUGCUUCAUACGACUCUACUGGAGGUUGAGGCCAUCUUAAAUGCCAAACCGUUAGGUUACACCUCAUCUGAUGUGGCUGACUUGGAUGCAGUAACCCCAAAUGUCCUUCUGAUGGGGCGGCUUGACGGAUCACUGCCACCCGUGGUGUAUCAGAAGAGUGAGAAACUAAGUAAGCGGAGGUGGAGACACUGUCAAGUUAUGGCCGAUCAUUUCUGGUCAAGAUUCAUUCGGGAUUACUUACCAUCCUUGCAGAAAAGAGGGAAGUGGCAUGACACCCCUUUGGAUCUUACAGUGGAUUCAGUUGUGUUGCUGAUGGACCCCCAGUUUCCCAGAGCUCUCUGGCCAGUUGGCAGAGUGGUUAAAGUGCAUCAAAGUGAAGAUGGUCAUGUGAGGUCUGCAGACGUGCAAGUCAAGGAUAAGAUCUACACUCGUCCAGUGGCCAGACUUAUCACGCUUCCUGUGAUCCCUGAUGACGAUGAUAUUCAUGGUGCCAAACCCUCUUCAGAUUAGGAGUGAGUCUUUGCAGGAACAAAUUGCAAGCAAUUUGGGGGCGGCUGUGCAAAAGACUCAGACGGAAGAGGACUUUUAUUUUGAUAGUGAUGAUCGCUCAUACGGCGCACCGGCGGAAGAGCGCUAGUUCUAAACGGUGCUGCAUAUUAAUGCAUGUUUGUCUCGCUGUGUUAAGAAUUCUGGACACAUGAAUCGGUUUGCUGUUGAGACAAGCACCAGAUUGUGAUGCUGUGUGUUCAUGUGCGUGUGAUCAGAGGAAACCACAUCUCACACCUCUACCUGCAUUAAUCUGGGAAAACUCUCAAAUACAGCCACUCAUUCAUCUCCAUUACUACAAAGCCCAUGCAUACAGCUCUGACUUGCCUCUAUUAAAGGAGCAUCCCUCAGCCUGUGCACUGCCCUGUUAAAGGACCACUGCAACCAUUAUCAUGACCCACAUCAACGCCUGCUCUGCUCUUCUUUAAGUUGUGCUCUCAUUCAGAGUUCUGCUGUGUGCUUCCUCUUACAUAGUGAAUGUUGGCUCUCCCCUCUGAUACAUGUUCUCUGGUGUGCCGAAUAAAAGGCUCAAGUUGAUUAAUCUCUCUGUCUGUUGUGUUCUGACCGACACCCUGGUACACUGUUAUAUCCAUACGCAACUAGCCCCUACACUUCAGGUCAGCCUUCGC